GACUGAAGUCCUGUCCAGGCCCUCGUUAGAGCAGCCGGCCACACUUAACUGUUUCUUCUCAGAGGGACGGGAGCUGGAGUUUCCUGGGCCAAAGCCAGGAGCAGCAGUCACUCAAAAAUCUUCUUAAAUCUUGCCUGAACCCCACACUCCUCCUCGCUGACAUGGAUGGAGUCACAGAGUUCACUGAGAACGACUCUGAAACAGUUGUACCAUCACCCUUUGAGCUCCUGGAACCUCCGACCUCAGGAGGAUUUCUGAAGCUGUCCAAACCAUGUUGUUACAUCUUCCCCGGAGGCAGGGGCGACUCAGCUCUGUUUGCCAUUAAUGGGUUUAACAUCCUGGUGGAUGGAGGAUCUGAGAAAAAGUCCUGCUUCUGGAAGCUGGUUCGACACUUGGACAGAAUCGACUCUGUUUUGCUCACCCACAUCGGUGCAGACAACCUCCCCGGCAUAAAUGGAUUGUUCCAGAGAAAGAUUGCAGAGCAAGAGGAAGAGCGUAACCAAGGAUCUGGCUCCAGCAGUAAUGGUGAAUGGAUGAAAAACCUCAUCUCCCCUGAGCUUGGGAUUGUGUUUUUUAAUGUUCCGGAGAAGCUCAGGAUGCCAGAGCCCACACUGAAAGUGAAACGAAGCAUUGAAGAAGCAUCGCUGACGUUGCAGUACCUCAACAAGCUCGGCAUCACUCCUGAGCCGCUUCACAGGGUAGUCAGCAACACCAUUGAACCCAUCACGCUGUUCCACAAACUCGGUGUUGGAAAGUUGGACAUGUAUGUCCUAAAUCCUGUAAAGGAAAGCAAAGAGAUGCAGUUCCUGAUGCAAAAAUGGGCAGGAAAUAGCAAAGCCAAGACGGGGAUUAUGAUGUCAAAUGGAAAAGAAGGAGAGAUUUCUGUCCCCUAUUUGACAUCAGUCACUGCAUUAAUUGUUUGGAUACCACACCGUCCGACAGAAAAGAUAGUGCGGGUGCUGUUUCCUGGAAAUGCACCGCAAAAUAAAAUCUUCGAGGGCCUUGAGAAACUGAAACACCUAGACUUCCUGCGAUACCCAGUUGCUACUCAGAAAGACAUAUCAUCUGGUGCACCACCUCCAAUCAUUAAACAAACUAAAAUGAGAUCAAGAACGGACAGCAAAGAGAGCCUCAAAUCUUCCCCCAAACCUCACUCCAAAGCAACAAAGAAAGAAGCCACUGGACAGGAGGAAGAAUUAAAGAGUGACACUGCUAAGGAGAAUAAAGUUGAAAAGAAAGAAGAGAAAAAAGUCAAAAGUGACAGUUUAAAAGCCACCAAACAGCAGAAAAAUAGCGAAGUGGCCCCCGGAACAGUCAAGACGGUCAAAAAGAAGACGUCAAAGGAAAAAACGUCCAAACAAGAGAAAGCAUCUAAGAUGGAUGAAAAGAAAGACAAAGAGAAAAAAGAAACCAAGAAAGAAAAAGUAAAGAAAGAUGAAACAAUACGGAAGGAAGAGAAAAAGGAGAGUAAGUCAAAGGAGGACAAAAAGAAAGACUCAGUGAAACAUGAACUGAGAAAAAUCACCAAACCAGACUUGAAGCCACUCACCCCUGAAGUGAGAAAAACCCUGCACAAAGCCAAGAGUCAAUCAAAACCCAAGACGGACAAAAAUAAAACUGUUAAAGAAGAAGCAAAUGAGAAAAAGCCAAGUCCCAAGAAUAUUCCAGAAAAAAUUGCAGCGGCACCUCAGGCUGAGCGAUCCGUCGUAUCUUCACCCGAAGACCUCACAGAGGACUUUGAGGCUCUAAGACAGGAAGAGGUGCCCAAACAGAACACUGAUUCUGUCCACAGUGAUGUGGGGACUGGGUUGUCGGUUCAUACAGACACUAAAAUUUCUUCUCCAGCUCUACCUGAUGACAAGUUCACAUCCUCGACCAUCCUUGAGCCCAAAUUCUCCCUCAAACAUGAGGAAGAAACCAAAGGUAAAGGUGCACCAGAACAGGGUAUAGCUACUCAAAAGAAAGAGGUGACUGAAGGCUUUGAUAAAAAGUAUGAGGAAAAAAUGGAGAAGUACGACAAAUACUCUGUGAAGGAAAGUUUAUCAGACAGGACAAAGAAAAGUGAGAGCUCAGAGGAAGAAGGGGAUGUAAUUGAAAAGGCUGAACUAGAAGAUACAGAAGAUGACAAAGUCUUAAAGUUUAAAACAGAUGAGGGAAAAAUAGACAAAACAGAAAAGAAGUGGGACAGCAAACCAACUGAGCAAAAAUCCACAACAGCUGAAGCACCGAUAACAGCCUCCGCCUCAGAGCAGUUCUCCUUCAUUCAAGAUGAGACCAUUCCUGGGUACUCAGAGACUGAGCAGACAAUCUCUGAUGAGGAGAUCCACGAGGACACAGAAGACAGGAUCCCUCAGCUGCACUAUGAUGUGGCCUCAUACGACAUUUCUGUUCCUGAUAUCCCUGGGACCUUUGACUCCAUGCAUGGAAUUAAAGAAAUGAAGGGCUGUGCUAUCGCAGAUGUUGCAGAUGUCAAGCCCAAAGCCUUUAUGGGAGGUCAUGAGCCUGAGCUUGCACCUUACCCUGCCAUCAUUGCUGCUCCUCUUGCUGAGGAGGAGCAUAUCUCCUCUGCAACAUCCAUCACAGAGUAUGACAAACUGUCUUCCUUUGCCACUGAAGACCAGUCGAUUGCCUCGGUGACGGCACCUCAGACCGAAGAUGCUGGAAGGACUUCUCUCCUGCUGGACACCAUCAACAGUGCCCCGUCACGUGCAGAGGCCGCCCCAGGAAAGGACUACCUCCACUCUGCAGGAACCAUCUCUCCUACCUCUUCGCUCGAAGAUGACAAAUGUUUUAAGUCUCCUUCCUCUGAUGAAUAUCAGCCCAACAUUCCAGAGAUGGAGGUUGAGUCAAACGUAAAAUCAGUCCAUGAAGAAGAAGAAGAUGAUGAAGACGAGGACGAAGACCAGACCCCAAAUGUUGAUAUCCCUCUGGGUAAACUUCAAGAGGGCUAUGAACAUGCCGCCUCAAUGAUGCGGCUGGAAAAGGAAAAAUCUCCUUCCGUCAGUCCCACAUGGACUGCGAAGGAAAACCAGUCUCUCUUUGGUGCAGAGACAUUCAAGACUCCUGCUGAAAUGAAGCCUGUUUCACCCCCUCCAUCCUUCUCCUUUCUACCAGAGUCCCACUCCAGGCAGGAAAGUGAGGAGAGAUGCCUGAGUCCUGAGGACAGCACCAUGAAACUGGCCUCACCCACACAGUCAAUGCCCACAAGUAGCAGCUACUCUCCAACAGAAGAAAAAACAUUUAGGACAGAAGAAAAAGGUGAAACAGCAAGUGAUGUGAAAGCUGAAGUCCAGAAAACUGACAGAUCUGUCACCAUUUCAGACAACACCUCAUUUAUUGGCCUUCCAGGUGACAAAACCACAUUUGAAGUGUCUGAAGAAUCUGACGAAGACAGUGAGGAUGAAUAUUACAUCAAAAAGGAACUGCAACCAACUGUAAAAGCUAAGCUCAUGGAAGCAAAAGAGGGUUGCUUUUUAGACGAUGACUUCAUGUUUGAGGGAAAAUCUUCAAAGGUAGAGAUAGAAGCUAAAAGUCCAGAGAAGUCAAAGGUGUCCUUUAGCACAACAGAGAAACCAAAACCACAAGUGAUGUUUUCAGACGAAGAAGAAGAUGAAAGAGAGGACAAAUUUUCAAACAAUAAUGAUAGAGCUGAGAUAAAAGAUGAUACCAUGAAAGAGCCAGAGAAAAGUGUUCAUUUUAGUCUUCAUGAUUUUCCAGAGAAGGAGAGCAGAGAAAGGGUAGCAUAUACAAGACAAGACACACCAUAUGUGCAUGGCAAAACUUUCUCCUACGGUGAUCUUUAUGACAGCAAAACAAGCUCAGAGGAGUCUGAUUUGUAUCGCCAAGACUCUGAUGAUAAGGUGGAGCAAGAUCCUGUAAAAGGAGAAGUGGAUUUGCACAAACAUGAGCCUUUGGCACCAGUCAUGACUGUGGAUAAGAUGUCGGAAAAGGAAUCCACUUUGUCUUCAUGGCUAGACUCCAAGAGCACUUCUGCCACUGAUCAAUUUGAAAAAGAGGCCAAAAAGGAAGAAGCAUUUGAAUACUGUCAAGCUAGCCGUUUCCCCUCUGUGGCUGACAGACCUGAAGCUUUGACCACUUCUUUGUCAUCAGAGAAAGACUCCAUUUUGAAAGGACAAAGUGACAGCACAAAGUCCCUGACGUUCUCCUCAGUGACACCUGACACUCUUGGCUACGGCGAGACAGGAGCAUGUUUGGAGGUUGAUAUGCGAAAGCUAACGGCAAGAGACGAGGAGGAUUAUGAUGAUGAUGAAGUGAUUGAUGACGAUGAGGAGGAGGAUGAAGGCAGCGUUGAUUCUGAUAUGGAGAAAGGUACCAAAGAGAAGUCUGAGAAAGAAGUAAAAACUCCAAUAAGUCAAACGUUUGGCUCAAAUAGACCCGAGUUCAUGGUUUCUAUGGCUGGAUAUGGUUUUAACAGUCAAGGCAAAGCUUAUAUUAGCAGCAGCUCAAGUUCACUCACAAAGACUGAAGACAAAGCUAAGACUGAUUCUUCGUUUGUCAGUGAAAAGCCAGUGGAUUUCUCUGCUUAUUCUUCAGAAUUUGAAUACUCGUAUGGAAGAGAUGAGAAAGAGUCGUUCUUAUUGAAUCAGACUAGAGAGACAGAAAAACAGGACUUUCCUUUGCAGUCAAGAGAUGACAGUUGUUACCAAAGCGACAGAGCCAAUCCUGAAUUGGACAAACAGAAGACAUCUGAUGUUCUGCGAAAGAGCUCUCUGGAAACUAAUUUUCAGUACACAACCACAGCUGGCCCUGGGUACUCCUCCUCUUCAGCCUACAGCUACUCUUCUUCCACCUCAGGCUCCCUUUCUACCAGCCGACAGUUUGGAGAGGAGUUAGAGACGCCUGCGUCUGCCGAGCCUCUCUUUGAGUACUCCUCCUUCAAAGAAGAACAGCCGUUUGUCAUGGAUUCUCCUCUCUCCAGCUCAACUGGAACCAAAGAAAGCUAUCUGGAAGUUUCAGAGAAACAAGUGACAGCAACAAGCACAGCAGAGCCUAGUUUCAGUUUGGCUCGUUUCUCACCCCUCGGUCAUUUUGAUGAGGUUAAAACAUCCCCUUCACUCUCAUCCACAGUUGUUCCUGAAGACAAGAACAAACAUUCAGCUCUCUUAGGUGCAGCUCUUGAUAAAGGCCCUCAAUCUGACUGUUUUUAUAAGCCUGAGUGGUCUGAAGAAACUAAGCUGGACGCAGCUGCUGGAUUUGGAACCUCACCAGGUCCCUUCUCAGACUUCUCGAUGGACAAAGAGGCAGCCAGUGCCGCUCUGUUUGGCGUCACUUCCUCUCCUCGCCCUGAUAUUGAAGGCAAGCACUACUUUGAGGAGACUGACAGUAGCGAGGAGGAGGACGAGGAGGCGUACAUGCGUGAAAUCACUCGCAAGUCUCCUUCCAGUGGCCUGGCUGGAAGCUAUCCAUUUUCCGACAAGCCCGUCACUCCAGCAGCCAGUGAAAAGAUGGGCGAUACACUUCCAGAUAUUCUUGGCUCCUACAUGUUAACACCUCUUCAAACCAGUAAGCCAGACAAAACCAAUGGUUCCACAGAGGUCAGCGGAGGCACCAACCUCCCUGUUGGAAGAGUGGCUUCAGGCUCAGCCAAAGUCGAUUCCAGAGAAGGAAGUUAUGUCAGGAGUUCUUAUGAGUGGGAAAUUUCAAAGUCUCAGAUGAGCAUGGUGCCCGGAGAGUCCCCUCCCCAUUAUCGCCAUGAGGAGGAAUUUGAGGAGGAAUGUGAGACGGAGCCGGAGCACCCCGCUCGUCCACUUUCACUCGCUUCAACCGAUCAGCCAUUUCACUCGCACUUCUACGCAGAAGAGUGCAGCCAAGGUGACCAAGAUGAAGAUGACGAUGAUGACAGCAAUCAGGAUGUUCCCGUAGGAGCAACCUCCUCUUACACUAGCCGCACUUCUCCUGGAUACUCAUCCUCCGAGCAUAGGCAGCGCAAAGAAGACCUGUCGCCCUCCUUCAUCAACCCCUGCACGCGGCAGUUCUCCACAGAUGAGGAUGAGGAGGAAGAAGGUUGUAGGAGUGAUGAUUCACAGGAAGGGGAUGAGCAUGACCUGUCAGUGAAAAGGAGAGCUCACAAACAGCCCCAUCCUCAACAGUCCCACAGCAGGGACAGCAGCUCUCUGCACCAAGUCGGGGGGCUGUCAGCAGGGUUUGGUCUGGCCACAGAGGACACCCCGCCCACCUCCAUCAGUGAGUCUCUAGCCUCCCAGUCAGACUCUGAUGCCCCUCCAGGCACCGAAGAGUACCCGUCAGUCACUGGUGAAGGCAACAUGGAGUCAGAUGAGGAUGGAGAUUACAUGCCUGUUGAUAAAUCGACCACAGGAGGAGGUAGCCAUCACUCCGCCUCUAGGAGGAGCCAAGACCCCCCUCCUGCCCCCAUAAUGGACCCUUUCCCUCACUCUCCUCGCCCAGAUGUUUGCAUGGUGGACCCAGAAUCCCUGGAUAAUAGCUCUUUUAAGAAAGAACCCAAAGCAAAGAGCUUGAAGAAGUCUUCAGGGAAAACCAAAUCAGCAUCUCCAGCUAGACGCAAGAGGUCUCCCAUGCCAGUCAAACAAACCCCGUCUCCACGUAGUGCCUCGCUGAAGAAAAAAGAGGCAGACAAGAGCUCACGCAUGUCUCGUCUGUCAGAUGGUCAAGGCUCCAAAGAUGAUGACCUCUCCAGAUCGAGCUACAACCCAGGCAAAGGGCUAACAAAUGGUGUCAAGAGUAGCUCAGGUUCUCAAAAAUCUGGCUCUCCAGCAGCUCUUGGCCUUCCCAUUUAUGUGGAUCUGGCCUACAUUCCCAACCACUGCAGUGCCAAGAAUGUGGACCAAGAGUUCUUCAAGCGCAUUCGCUCUGCCUACUACGUAGUGAGUGGAAAUGACGCUGCAGGCGGGGAGCCAAGCCGAGCAGUCCUCGAUGCUUUAUUGGACGCUAAAGCUCAGUGGGGAUCCAACCUACAGGUUACACUGAUCCCGACCCACGACACCGAGGUGACUCGUGACUGGUAUCAGCAGACGCAUGAGAAGCAGCAGGAGCUCAACAUCAUGGUUCUGGCCUCCAGCAGCACUGUCGUCAUGCAGGACGAAUCUUUUCCAGCCUGCAAGAUCGAGUUUUAAAACCCCUCUCCUCUCGCCGUCUUCUAGGCCUCCAGGAUGUAGAGCUUUUUUAUUAUUAUUAUCAUUAUUAUGUAAUUUCAUCAACUCUGAUACAAACGUGUCUCUGAUUAUUCACACUGCUUGGAAAAGCAGAUGCAUAUCUGGAUAACGUUCCUGUUCAAUGGUUUUUUUUGUUUCUGAACUUUCUGUGGCUUUCACUAUGUGUACCAAUGAGUCAGUAUCAAGAUAUUAAUCCUUUUGUUCAUUAGUAAUAAUGAGAAAUUUUCUCCUCUUUAAUUAAUUUAUUUUAGACUCAAUGAUGAAAACAUUUACUUUAUCUGGUGAAACAACAGUAAAAAUAUUCUGGGUCAUGGCAGAAGAAGCACAAUGUUGAGCAUCUUUUAAUCAGAAGUUCCUGAACUUCUCAGAUUCUGACCCACAUAUAAACCUCACAUGCUGCUGGUUGAAGGAUACAAAUAUUACUAAUGAUCUAAUCCAGAGGUUCUCAAACUGGGGUCGCAGGACCCUUAGGCGUCCGCAAGCCCUGUCUUAGAGGGGUCCUCAAAAAAUUGUAAUAAAUUGUUAAUUUAGUUUUCGUUUUUAAAACUGCAUAUGGGGAACAACGCACUCAUAAAACAAACAUACAAACAAAAAAAUAAUAAUAUCCCCAUGACAUUUAGGCAUUAAAAUGACAGUAAAUUAUUUUUUAAACAGCAUGGGGUUUAUGAGGGGGUCCCUGGAAAUGUUUCACCCUUGUGAGGGGUCCCCAGCCCAAGUUGGAGAACCCCUGAUCUAAUAAAAUGAGCAAAACAUCCAUUUUACUCAUUUACAAUUAGUGUUUGUAGCUCUUGGAACAAUUUAGAGAGAAACUUUUUCUAUUAGCAAUCAGUUUAAAUCUGAUCUCUAGAGAUCACCUCGAGACUCUUUCCAUCUUUGAAAACGAUUGUCUUAAGAGGAUGGUUCAGAUUUUUAAAUUGAGAUUUUUUUGGAAAAGUCAUGAACAAUUUACAGCUUUAGUGUUUACACUGAGGAGCUAACAGCUAGCCGAAGAUCAAAGUGCAUUGCUGCUGCGUUAAAACACCUCUAAUCUUGAGAUUCACAGCGUAAAUUAUUUUAUAAUCUUUACACUGCCAAUAAUUUUAUGUUUUGGUUAUUUCCUUUCAUAGAUAAUUUGUUUCAGGUCAGAAUUAGUUUAAUGUGAAAUAGAAAAAUGAAUGUCAACUCUUUCAGGUUGGAGUUUAGCACCUGUUAGCUCUCUCCAGAGAAGACUGACUUUUAAGGACAGUGCUAAAGAUGCUAGGACUAAAGCUUAAAUAAAGCUAAGCUACUGAAGGACUCUCUGACCCCAAAAGCUUCUUUGAAUAAUUAUCCCAGCUACAAUGACAGACAACAAAUAAUACAUUUAUAGUAUCAUUUGUUGUCUG